CUGCUUGGAAAUGAGAUGCCAAAAUCCUUUCCUCCGUCCACCCUGAAGGUCCUGGUCCUUUUCUUCUCUAGCCAGGUUCAUGAUUACAAAAUGAAGCUAUUCUUACUGAAUUGCUUGCUGGUUUCUUGCUGCUGCCAAGCUGGAGCAGAGAGGAGAGAGUACUACAUUGGCAUUGUAGAGACAAUGUGGAACUAUGCACCCGGCAAUACCAGUGUCAUAUCUGGGCAACUUCUUGAAGAAGAAGCUCAGGCUGAAGUCUUUCUCAGAAGAGGACCACAUAGGAUAGGAAGCACUUACAAGAAGGCUGUCUACACUCAGUACACCAAUCAUUUAUAUGAUGUGAAAAUUGACAAACCUUCCUGGCUAGGUUUCUUGGGCCCUAUCAUUAAGGGAGAAGUUGGAGAUUCCAUUAUUAUUCACUUGAAAAACUUUGCUUCCAGAAGCUACACGCUGCAUCCACAUGGUGUAACAUACACAAAGGAAAAUGAAGGUGCUUUUUAUCCUGACAACACUAAAGAUUUGCAAAAAAGAGAUGAUGCUGUGGAGCCAGGAGGCCAGUACACUUACACAUGGGAUGUGACAGAAGAUCAAGGUCCAGCUGAGGCAGAUGCAGACUGCAUAACCAGGGCUUACCACUCCCACAUCGAUGCUCCAAGAGAUGUUGCCUCAGGACUUGUUGGGCCUUUGAUAAUUUGCAGGAAAGGUACAAUGAAUACAAGCAGCAAUAAACACUUUGAUGCUGAAUUUAUCCUUAUGUUUUCUGUGAUGGAUGAAAAUCUCAGUUGGUAUUUAGAGGAAAAUAUCAGGACAUACUGUUCUGAGCCUUCCAAAGUUGACAAAGAUGACAACGACUUCCAGGAAAGCAAUAAAAUGCACUCAAUCAAUGGGUACAUGUAUGGAUACCUCCCAAACCUGACAAUGUGUGUGGAAGAUAAGGUAAAAUGGCAUCUCUUUGGUAUGGGAAACGAAGCUGAUAUCCAUUCAGCCUACUUUCAUGGGCAGACCUUAGUAGAAAGGCAUCAUCGAGUUGACACCAUCAACCUCUUCCCAGCUACAUUUAUUGAUGCUGUCAUGAUACCAAGGAGUCCUGGGGAAUGGCUGCUCAGCUGCCAGGUGAAUGACCACAUCGAAGGUGGUAUGCAGGCCCUUUUUAAAGUACAAGAUUGUAGGAAAUCUGCAACAGAACACAAUGAGAGUACAAAGAUAAGACAGUAUUUCAUUGCCGCAGAAGAGAUAAUCUGGAAUUAUGGCCCAUCUGCAAUUAACCAUUUUACAGGACAGGAAUUAAUCUCUGACAGUGAAUCUCACGUAUUUUUUGAGCAAAAUGAAGCAAGAAUUGGUGGUUCUUAUAAAAAAGCCAUUUACAAAGAAUACACAGACGGAUCUUUCACUGAACAUAAAAAAAGGCCCACAGAGGAAGAGCACCUUGGACUAUUAGGGCCUGUUAUCAAGGCUGAAGUGGGUGAGACCAUCAGGGUGACCUUCCGAAACAAUGCCAGCCGCCCGUUCAGCAUCCAUCCCCAUGGCGUCAGCUACCUCAAGAGCGAGGAGGGGGCCUGGUACGGCACUGCCAGAGGUGGGACCACAGGUUCUGGAUCUGCAGCCUCUCACGUGAGUCCUGGUGCUACCUUUACAUACGAGUGGAAUGUGCCGGGAAGUGUGGGCCCUACAGACCAAGAUCCAGACUGCUUAACCUGGCUUUAUUAUUCAGCUGUGGAUGCAGUCAGAGACACAAGUUCUGGCCUUGUGGGUCCUCUCUUGGUGUGCAGGAAAGGAGCUCUGCUUUCCUCUGGGAAACAGAAAAAUGUGAACAUGGAGUUUUUUCUACUUGCCACGGUAUUUGAUGAGAAUCUGAGCUGGUACUUGGAUGACAAUAUUUUGAUGUUUGCACUAAAUCCUAAUGAAAUUGACAAAGAUGAUGAGGACUUCCAGGAAUCAAACAAAAUGCACUCCAUUAAUGGUUAUAUGUAUGGAAAUCAGCCUGGUCUUGAGAUGUGUAAAGGAGAUGUGGUUUCCUGGCAUUUGAUGGGCUUGGGGUCAGAAGUCGAUGUCCAUGGGAUAUACUUUUCAGAAAACACGUUCAUGACUAAAGGAACAAGAAGAGAUACAGCGAAUCUGUUUCCACAUACAUUUCUUACAGUUAUUAUGAAGCCUGAUUCUGAAGGAAUUUUUGAAGUGUCCUGCCUGACAACAGAUCACUACACAGGGGGCAUGAAACAGAAUUACAAAGUGAAACAAUGCCAUUGGUGGAAUGUAGAUCUAUCUAUGAGUUUGCAUGAGAAGACUUAUUAUAUUGCUGCAGUGGAAGUUGAAUGGGACUAUUCUCCUAACAGGACUUGGGAAUUUGAGAGGCAUCAAUACCACAUGGAAAGCCCUGGCAAUCCAUUUUUAAAUAAAGAAGACAAAUUCAUUGGCUCAAAAUACCAGAAGGUAGUGUAUCGUGAGUACACUGACCAGACAUUCAGCACUCCCAAAAACAGAGCAGAGGAGCAUCAACACCUGGAAAUUCAAGGGCCACUGCUUAUGUCAAAUAUUGGAGAUAAAAUUGUAAUAGUUUUUAAGAACUUGGCAUCAAGACCUUAUUCUAUACAUGCCCAUGGAGUGAAAACAGACAGUUCCAUUGUUGCUGUAACUAACCCAGGUGAAACAAAAAUCUAUAUCUGGAAAAUCCCAGAGAGAUCUAGUUCUGGGGGAGGAGAUCCAGAUUGUAUUGCAUGGGCGUAUCAUUCAACGGUGGACAUCAUUAAGGACACUUACAGUGGAUUAAUAGGCACACUUGUUGUGUGUCGUAGACAUUAUUUGCCAUCAUUUCAUGCUAAAAAGAAGAUUCAAUUUGCUCUUCUCUUUAUGGUUUUUGAUGAAAAUGAGUCAUGGUACUUGGAUGAAAACAUUAAAACCUAUUCUACCAACCCACACCUUGUUGACAAAGAGAAUGAGGAAUUCCUAGAAAGUAAUAAAAUGCACGCCAUCAAUGGCAAGGUGUUUGGAAAUUUACAUGGUCUGACUAUGCAUGUUGGAGAUAAUGUAAGCUGGUACUUGGUGGGAAUGGGCAAUGAAAUAGACAUUCACACAGCACACUUCCAUGGACACAGCUUUGAUUAUAAGCAAACAGGGGUUUACCGGGCAGAUGUCUUUGAUCUGUUCCCUGGGACAUUUCAGACUGUGGAAAUGACCCCACAGAACCCAGGAACCUGGCUACUGCACUGUCAUGUUACUGACCACGUCCAUGCUGGCAUGGAAGCAACCUACACAGUGCUCCCGAGGGAAGACACACCAUCUUUGUUCCCAAGAUUAUUCAAUCAGUUCAAGUGUAAAGGUAAAGCAGACACACAAGAAUGAUGAAAACAUUUUACCAAAGUCUGCCUUCACUGAAGCAUUUCUUGGGAAUUAUUAUAUCCUGGAUAGCUGAUCUUCACAUGUCUUUUGGAAGAUUUUAUUUUGCGGUCCACAGCUAACAAAAGGGACUGAAUGGAUGCAACAGCUUAUAAAUACCUUUUUCUCUAAAUAAAAAUACUAUCCUGCAAA